CGCCCCCCUUUCUACGGACCGCACCCCGUGUGUGCUUUCCGGGAUCCCACUCCUCUCCCAUCCCUGCGAGAAUUGUUCCUGUUGAAGAGUGGCUGCUUGAUUUCCAGACCCUUUGAGGUUUUAGGAAUCCAGUAGGUGACAUUCUCUACCUCUAAGGAGACACACUAUCUGCUCCUUCAUCAAGUGCAAGGUCUCCAUUGCUAUGGAUACCGAGUCCACGUAUUCUGGAUAUUCUUACUAUUCAAGUCAUUCGAAAAAAUCUCACAGACAAGGGGAAAGAAAUAGAGAGAGACACAAAUCAUCCCGGAAUAAAGAUGGCAGAGGGUCAGAAAAAUCUGUCACCAUUCAAGCUCCCACUGGAGAGCCCCUGUUGGCAAAUGAUUCUGCUCGGACGGAGGAAGUUCAGGAUGACAACUGGGGAGAGACCACCACGGCCAUCACGGGCACCUCAGAGCACAGCAUAUCUCAGGAGGACAUUGCCAGGAUCAGCAAGGACAUGGAGGAUAGCGUGGGGCUGGACUGCAAGCGCUACCUGGGCCUCACUGUUGCCGCGGUGCUCGGACUUCUAGUGUUCCUCACCCCCAUCGCCUUCAUCCUGUUACCCCCCAUCUUGUGGCGGGAGGAGCUGGAGCCCUGUGGCACCAUUUGUGAAGGACUCUUCAUCUCCGUGGCCUUCAAACUCCUCAUCCUGCUCAUCGGGACCUGGGCGCUCUUUUUCCGCAAGCAGAGGGCCGAUGUGCCACGCGUGUUUGUGUUUCGUGCCCUUUUGUUGGUCCUCAUCUUUCUGUUCGUGGUCUCCUAUUGGCUUUUUUAUGGGGUCCGCAUUUUGGACUCCCGGGACCGAAAUUACCAGGGCAUUGUGCAAUACGCAGUCUCCCUUGUGGACGCCCUCCUCUUCAUCCAUUACCUGGCCAUCGUCCUGCUGGAGCUCAGACAGCUGCAGCCCAUGUUCACGCUGCAGGUGGUGCGCUCCACCGAUGGCGAGUCCCGGUUCUACAGCUUGGGACACCUGAGUAUCCAGCGAGCAGCCUUGGUGGUUCUGGAAAACUACUAUAAAGAUUUCACCAUCUAUAACCCCAGCCUCCUAACAGCAUCCAAAUUCCGAGCAGCCAAGCACAUGGCGGGGCUGAAAGUCUACAACGUAGAUGGCCCCAGUAACAAUGCCACUGGUCAGUCCCGGGCCAUGAUUGCUGCAGCUGCUCGGCGCAGGGACUCCAGCCACAAUGAGUUGUAUUAUGAAGAGGCGGACCAUGAGCGGAGGGUGAAGAAGCGGAGAGCGAGGCUGGUGGUGGCAGUGGAGGAGGCCUUCAUCCACAUCCAGCGUCUCCAGGCCGAGGAGCAGCAGAAGGCGCCAGGGGAGGUGAUGGACCCCAGGGAGGCCGCCCAAGCCAUCUUCCCCUCCAUGGCCCGGGCUCUGCAAAAGUACCUGCGUACCACGCGGCAGCAGCACUACCAUAGCAUGGAGAGCAUCCUGCAGCACCUGGCCUUCUGCAUCACCAACAGCAUGACCCCAAAGGCCUUCCUAGAACGUUACCUCAGCGCAGGCCCCACCCUGCAGUAUGACAAGGAGCGCUGGCUGUCCACACAGUGGAGACUCGUUAGUGAUGAGGCUGUGACAAACGGCUUACGGGAUGGGAUGGUUUUCGUCCUCAAAUGCUUGGACUUCAGCCUCGUCGUCAAUGUGAAGAAAAUUCCAUUCAUCGUGCUCUCGGAAGAAUUCGUAGACCCCAAAUCUCACAAAUUUGUCCUGCGCUUACAGUCUGAGACGUCAGUUUAAAAGUUUUAUAUUUGUGGCUUUAUUAACAAAAAAAAAAAGAAGAAUAUAUAUAGAGAUAUAUAUAUGUAUACCAGAGGGGCAUCUUUGUUUUCAAUUGUUCUUCGUUGCUGACUAAGGCUGGCAGAUGAUAGACCAGUGUCCUUUGACCACCUGCACUUUAUUUGGAAGGAAGCAGGGGUUGUCCGCCCCGGGAAAAGGUGACUGAGGACAUCUGGCUGUUGUGUAUGGGACUUCUCAAGACGCGGGCCCCGGGCGUUCCUGCGACAGCUGUAACCAAAGCGGAGCUGGUGGUUCUUGGGAGCUUUGCCUUACAACAAGCAGACCCUGCCUUUCGUCCAGCACCCCACCCUCCUCUUGCGUCUGGUCGACCCACUCGUAGACUUUUAGGGGACACACGUGUAUUCUGGUUCAGGAAACCAGACGCAACAUGUCCCCGUACGUGUUUGUGUAUGUAGAUGACCAGGUCCACAUCACCCACAGGAUCCACGUGCCAUUCUGGAAUUGCCGGCCUCAUCUUUGUUCAUUGUUGCCUUAGGUUCUGCAGAGAAGGAUUACAACCAAAAAAAAAUGUGCACUAUCAGUUGACAGCUUAAUGAUUUGAAUCUGGGUUUUUUUCCCAAAAAGGAAACUUGCCUGCCCUGUUUGUGACCCUGCUUCCCUACUGGCCGGGAGAGCCCUUUGCUAACCCUGUGAUUGGCGCUUGGCUCCACCUAUCCAGCCCGCCCCAGUGCGCGCACAUGCGCACAUACACACAACCCGCUUGCUGGCCGCUGGCCAGGGAAGCCCAGCCUUCUUCAGAACUGCUGGGGAUCUGGCUCUACGCAUGUGCUCUUAGGCUCUGCACAGCCUCAGGUGGUCCCACAGAUUGUUUGCAGAGGGAAGCGUGCGGGGAGGGCAAGCCAGCUAGAAUGUCCCUUUUAGGCCCCAGCGGGAGCCCUCCCGUCCCACCUCUCCUCCCCCCUGCGCCCCACCGACCAGGGGGAAGACUGACACUGUGACUCUGGGACUGGCAGGUUCAGCUUGGAGACUCAUUUCUCCCAAAGCUUCACAGCAAGCUGCCAGCAGUGGGAGACCAAACAGUGCCCACUGCAGUGCCAGCUGGUGCUGUCCAGUCUCUGAUUUCUGACCACCGUCACUGUGCAACUCGUCACCUCUGCCACUUACUACCAGGGAAGGGCGUGUUUAGCCCCUGGUGUUGAAAAUGCUUGUAGAGUUUGGUAAAGUGAGGAGAAAGAAUGGGCAAACUGCAGAGUUUGCGGGAAGGAGAGUAGGGAGCCAGUCUUAGGGCUCAGAAUGAUUCAUCCAUGAUCUGUUUCUUAAAUGCAGCUGGUUGCUGUGAGCUUUCCCCUGGCCUGGGUUGUGGGUGGGGACCGUCCUAGAGGAGCCCAGUGCAGGGGAGUUCCCUGAGGAGCCACAUCCUGACACCUUGGGGCGGGUCCCCUGUGCCUCUGUUGGCCUUCCUAUAUCUACAACACACCUUUCCAAAGUAUUCACUCUUGCUUUUCCCAGGAAAUUAGGGUACCAUUCCCUUGCUUUAGUCAAGGAUGACACUGUUAAAAUGCUCUUUGUGUUCCCAUACACCUUACUGGUUUAUGCAUUCCACGGGUGGCGUAGUGUUAGUGUAUCAUUUUUUAAAUCAAAAUUGGUGUUGGAUAUUUGCAAUAUAUCUGUACCUGAAAAAUUAAAUAGUGUUCUUGAAUCAACAGCCUUCAGGUAAAAAAAAAAGAUGUGUUGGGCAAGGAGGAAGGGGAAACCAGUCAGAGCGGCGUGGAGCCAAGAUGUACUAUUAUAUUUAACUACAUGGUUCUGUUGAUAGAAAAACACACACCAUGUAACCAUGGUGCUUUUUGUUCCCUCUUAGUUUUUGCCUGUAGGUCCCUUCAAACUGCACAUUCCUUAGGAUGAUGUCUUUCUCAGGAAAUAUAUUUUGGGAGAUAGGGCAAGGGAGGGUAAAUGUCUAUAAGACUUUGGCUGCGUAAAGGUAAUAAUGUCCCAGACUAAAUGUGUCACAGGCUGCUGCGUCAGGAACACAGCAGUAGAAGUGCCAUAAAAGUCUAUACGUAUGGUUCAUAAUGACGCUCAUUGUCAGCAUUCUGAAAUCCUGUGUUUUCAACCCUGUCUGAAGUUACCCAUCCAGAAGGGGUUAAGGUGGAUUGUUUGCUUUGGUGUAUACACCCCAGCAGGGUGAAGAAAGGUUUAACUUAAGGAAUAUAUUCUCUCUACCCCUUUCUCCCUUGCCCAGUCUUGGCAUAGGACAAUGUCAGACUUUCUGAAAUUAUUGUUUCUGUUUUAAAUUGAGUACCAGUAUUUUUUUACACUGACUUUGUACUGACUCCUUUUUGGAAGAAUACCAAAAUAAAAUGCAGGAUCUUUA